UACUAGAUAUAGCCGAAGAAGAUCAGACGACGACGAGGCAAAGCAAAGCAAAGCAAAGCAAAGAGGAUACAUGGGGGAGCAGGAGAGCAAUAGCAGCUGCGAGAGCGGCGGCGGCGAAGACGUGAUGGCGCCGGCGGGGAAGGAGCACGGCCGCGCCGCCGCGGACCCUCGCCUCCAGGGCAUUUCCGACGCUAUACGCGUCGUCCCGCACUUCCCCAAGCCAGGUAUCAUGUUCAACGACAUCACGGCGGUGCUGCUGCGGCCGGGCGUGUUCAAGGACGCCGUGGACAUGUUCGUGGAGCGCUACCGCGGCAUGGGCAUCGCCGCCGUCGCAGGUAUUGAAGCUAGAGGGUUCAUAUUCGGCCCGGCAAUCGCGUUGGCCAUUGGAGCGAAAUUCAUACCCUUGCGCAAACCCGGGAAACUACCAGGCGAGGUGAUCUCCGAGAGCUAUGUGCUUGAGUAUGGAACGGAUUGCUUGGAGAUGCACCUUGGAGCCGUCGAGCCGGGCGAGCGCGUAGUGGUUGUCGAUGAUUUGGUAGCGACCGGUGGGACACUUUCUGCGGCUAUAAGGCUUAUUGAGCGUGCUGGAGCUGACGUUGUUGAGUGUGCAUGCUUAAUUGGACUUCCGAAGUUUAAGGAUUUCUACAAGCUUGACGGAAAGCCAGUUUACAUACUGGUGGAAUCUCGCAAAUAGGAAGUAAAAAAUGAUAAUCGCUCAGAAAAACAGCUUCAUUCCUUUGCAAGCCCAUGGUGGAUGUGUAUUGAGUAUUGACAACUCUGCAGUACACUGUUAAGAAAGGCAGCUGCUAUUUAAGUGUCUUGGCGGAGAGGGCCAGAUAGAUGGAAUUUAGUCUUCCUAGCACUAGAUUUUCAGUAGUUUUUGGAGACGAUGUAGAUUUUCUAGUACUAGUAUUGAUGAGAGCUUGUAGUUCUUUCUGUCGGGAAUCCUCACUGUUAGCCUGGAAAAAGAAAACCAUUCUGUCGUUCAGGUUUUUACUGGAAUUUACCUGUUCUUUUUUCA